AUGAACGCUUUCCACUGUAUGAGACCUGUGGCUGCUCGGGUGCCUUUUCAACGGUCUACUCUUCCUCGAGUCGCCCGAGCUUAUAGCUCCAAGACAUACGAAUAUAUCCAAGUUUCACAGCCCAAGCCUGGUGUCGGCCAAGUGGCACUGAACCGUCCCAAGGCCCUCAAUGCUCUUUGCACACCUCUUAUCAAGGAACUUAACCAGGCUCUCCUUGAUUUCAAUGCAGCCGAUGACACUUCAGUCAUUGUUUUGACUGGAUCUCAAAAGGCUUUUGCCGCUGGCGCUGACAUUAAGGAGAUGGCUCCUCUCACUUUCGCUGAAGCUUACACCAACUCCUUCAUCGAGUCUUGGUCCGACCUCACUACCCAAAUCAAGAAGCCCAUUAUUGCUGCUGUCUCAGGUCACGCCCUAGGCGGAGGCUGUGAGCUGGCUAUGAUGUGUGAUCUUAUCUACUGUACCGAGAAUGCCAACUUUGGCCAGCCUGAGAUCAAGCUCGGCACUGUUCCUGGUGCUGGAGGCAGCCAACGCCUUACCCGUGCUAUCGGCAAGUCGAAGGCUAUGGAGCUCAUUCUCACUGGCAAGAACUUCUCUGGAGUUGAUGCUGAGAAGUGGGGACUCGCUGCCAGAACUUUCCCAACUCAUGAAGCUUUGAUGGAGGAGACUCUCAAACUUGCCGAGACAAUUGCUGGCUACUCCAAGGUCGCCGUUCAAGCCGCUAAGGAGGUUGUCAACAAGAGCCAGGACCUUCCUCUUCGCGACGGUGUCGAGUUUGAGCGACGAGUAUUCCACAGUCUGUUUGGUAGCCAGGAUCAAAAGAUCGGUAUGAAGGCAUUCGCAGAGAAGAAGAAAGCUGAGUGGAGCCACUCAUGA